CCAUGCAGAAAGCCCGGGGCACGCGAGGCGGGGACGCGGGCAUGAGGGCACCCCCCAGCCCCGGGGUGCCCCCGAAGCGAGCCAAGGUGGGGGCCGGCGGAGGGGCGGCGGCCGGGGCGCCUGUCUUCCUGCGGCCCCUGAAGGACGCGGCGGUGUUGGCGGGCAGCGACGUGCGGCUGCGGGUGGCGGUGAGCGGGACGCCCCAGCCCAGCCUCAGCUGGUUCCGGGACGGGCAGCCCCUGCCCCCACAGGCCCCUGAGCCCAGCUGCCUGUGGCUGCGGAGCUGCGGGGCGCAGGACGCCGGCGUGUACAGCUGCAGGGCCCAGAACGAGCGGGGCCAGGCCUCCUGUGAGGCUGUCCUCACGGUGCUGGAGGUCGGAGUUUUCCGCUCCUGCAGAAAGCAAAGUUACGACUCGGAGACGGGCGAGGAUGACAUCAGCGAUGUGCAGGGGACCCAGCGCCUGGAGCUUCGGGAUGACGGGGACUUCAGCACCCCCACGGGGGGCUCCGACACCCUGGUGGGCACCUCCCUGGACACACCCCCGACCUCCGUGACAGGCACCUCAGAGGAGCAAGUGAGCUGGUGGGGCAGCGGGCAGACGGUCUUGGAGCAGGAAGCGGGCAGCAGGGGUGGCACCCGCCGCCUCCCGGGCAGCCCAAGGCAAGCACAGGCAACCGGGGCCGGGCCACGGCACCUGGGGGUGGAGCCGCUGGUACGGGCGUCUCGAGCUAAUCUGGUGGGCGCAAGCUGGGGGUCAGAGGAUAGCCUUUCGGUGGCCAGUGACCUGUAUGGCAGCGCAUUCAGUCUAUACAGAGGACGGGCGCUCUCGAUUCACGUCAGCGUCCCUCAGAGCGGAUUGCACAGGGAGGAGCCUGAUCUUCAGCCUCAGCCGGCCAGUGAGGCCCCGCGUCGCCCCGCCCUACCGCCUCCCUCCAAAUCCGCGCUGCUGCCCCCACCGUCCCCUCGGGUGGGUAAGCGGCCCCCGCCGGGACCCAGCGCCCAGCCCCCCGCCACCCCCACAUCGCCCCACCGGCGCACGCAGGAGCCUGUGCUGCCGGAGGACGCCACCGCAGAAGAGAAGCGAGGGAAAAAGUCCAAGUCGUCGGGGCCCUCGCUGGCGGGCACGGCAGAGUCCCGGCCCCAGACACCACUGAGCGAGGCCUCUGGCCGCCUGUCGGCGCUGGGCCGCUCGCCCAGGCUGGUACGUGCCGGCUCCCGCAUCCUGGACAAGCUGCAGUUCUUCGAGGAGCGACGGCGCAGCCUGGAGCGCAGCGACUCGCCGCCGGCGCCCCUGCGGCCAUGGGUACCCCUGCGCAAGGCCCGCUCACUGGAGCAGCCCAAAUCCGACGGCGGAGCGCCCUGGGGCACACCCGGGACCUCGCAGGAGGAGCUUCGGGCGCCGGGGGGCAGCGUGGCCGAGCGCCGCCGCCUGUUCCAGCAGAAGGCGGCCUCGCUGGACGAGCGCACGCGGCAGCGCAGCCCGGCCUGUGACCUUGAGCUGCGCUUUGCCCAGGAGCUGGGCCGCAUCCGCCGCUCCACGUCGCGGGAGGAGCUGGUGCGCUCUCACGAGUCCCUGCGCGCCACGCUGCAGCGGGCCCCGUCCCCCCGAGAGCCUGGCGAGCCCCCGCUCUUCUCCCGGCCCUCCACUCCCAAGACCCCUCGGGCCGAGAGUCCCGCCACCGCCCAGCCACCCCCUCCGAGCGUCACGGGGAAGCUCGGGGACGAACAGGGGAGGCCCAGGAGCCGCGGGCCGGCAGGCAGGACAGAGCCGGCGGAAGGCCCGCAGCAGGAAGUCAGGCGCCGGGACCAGUUCCCGCUGACUCGGAGCAGAGCCAUCCAGGAGUGCCGAAGUCCCGUGCCGCCCCCCGCCGCCACCGAUCCCCCCGAAGCCAGGACGAGAGCGCCCCCGGGUCGGAAGCGGGAGCCCCCAACGCAAGCCGUGCGCUUCCUGCCCUGGGCCACGCCGGGCCAGGAGGGCACUGCUGUGCCCCAGACCUUGGAGAAGAACAGGGCGGGGCCUGAGGCCGAGAAGAGGCUCCGCAGAGGACCGGAGGAGGACGGUCCUUGGGGGCCCUGGGACCGCCGAGGGGCCCGCAGCCAGGGCAGAGGUCGCCGUGCCCGGCCCACCUCACCUGAGCUCGAGUCUUCAGAUGACUCAUAUGUGUCCGCUGGAGAAGAGCCCCUGGAGGCCCCUGUGUUUGAGAUCCCUCUGCAGAAUGUGGUAGCGGCUCCAGGGGCAGAUGUACUGCUCAAGUGUAUCAUCACUGCCAACCCCCCGCCCCAAGUGUCCUGGCAGAAGGAUGGGUCUGCGUUGCGCAGCGAUGGCCGCCUUCUCAUCCGGGCUGAAGGAGAGCGGCAUACCUUGCUGCUCCGGGAGGCCCGGGCGGCCGAUGCCGGGAGUUACACAGCCACCGCCACCAACGAGCUGGGUCAGGCCCGCUGUGCUGCCGCGCUGGCCGUGAGACCUGGAGGGUCCACAUCACCUUUCAGCAGCCCCAUCACCUCUGAUGAGGAAUACCUGAGUCCCCCAGAGGAGUUUCCAGAGCCUGGGGAGACUUGGCCCCGAACCCCCACUAUGAAGCUCAGUCCCAGCCAGAACCGCCGUUCCUCUGACACUGGCUCCAAGGCACCCCCCACUUUCAAGGUCUCACUUAUGGACCAGUCAGUAAGAGAAGGCCAAGAUGUCACCAUGAGCAUCCGUGUCCAGGGGGAGCCCAAGCCGGUGGUUUCCUGGCUGAGAAACCGGCAGCCGGUGCGCCCAGACCAGCGGCGCUUCGCGGAGGAGGCAGAGGGCGGGCUGUGCCGGCUGCGGAUCCUGGCGGCUGAGCGGGCCGACGCUGGCUUCUACACUUGCAAAGCGGUUAAUGAGUAUGGAGCCCGGCAGUGUGAGGCCCGCCUGGAGGUCAGAGCACAUCCUGAAAGCCGGUCCUUGGCCGUGCUGGCCCCCCUGCAGGACGUGGACGUGGGGGCCGGGGAGAUGGCGCUGUUUGAGUGCCUGGUGGCAGGUCCUGCUGACGUGGAGGUAGACUGGCUCUGCCGAGGCCGCCUGCUGCAGCCCGCACUGCUCAAAUGCAAGAUGCAUUUCGAUGGCCGGAAAUGCAAGCUGCUGCUCACGUCUGUGCACGAGGACGACAGUGGUGUCUACACCUGCAAGCUCAGCACGGCCAAAGAUGAGCUGACCUGCAGUGCCCGGCUGACGGUGCGGCCCUCAUUGGCGCCCCUGUUCACUCGGCUGCUGGAGGACGUGGAGGUGCUGGAGGGCCGGGCGGCCCGCUUCGACUGCAAGAUCAGCGGCACUCCGCCCCCUGCCGUUACCUGGACUCAUUUUGGCCACCAGGUGGAGGAGAGCGAGAACUUGCGGCUGCGGCAGGAAGGAGGUCUGCACUCUCUGCACAUCGCUCAUGUGGGCAGUGAGGACGAGGGGCUGUACGCAGUCAGCGCUACCAACGCCCACGGCCAGGCCCAGUGCUCGGCCCAGCUCUACGUGGAGGAGCCUCGGACGGCUGCCACCGGCCCCAGCUCAAAGCUGGAGAAGAUGCCCUCUAUCCCCGAGGAGCCAGAGCAGGGCGAGCUGGAGCGGCUGUCUAUGCCCGACUUCCUGCGGCCACUGCAGGACCUGGAGGUGGGACUGGCCAAGGAGGCCAUGCUGGAGUGCCAGGUGACCGGCCUGCCCUACCCCACCAUCAGCUGGUUCCACAAUGGCCACCGCAUCCAGAGCAGUGAUGACCGGCGCAUGACACAGUGUAUGUGUCUAGGGAGGGACCCUGGGGAGUGUCCCCUCUGGCACCCUCUGCACACACAGCCCUACAACUUGCUGCUGACCAGCUGCAGGACUGGCCUGCUCACUCCCAUUCCUCUUAAAGCUGAGACCCUCAAACAUGCUCAGGAGUGUUGUCACCUUCCCUUCCUCACCCCACCCCUGUGUAUUUCAGAGGCCCCUCGAUUUGAGUCCAUCAUGGAGGACGUGGAGGUCGGGGCUGGGGAAACCGCACGCUUUGCUGUAGUGGUGGAGGGGAAACCACUGCCAGACAUCAUGUGGUACAAGGACGAGGUGCUGCUGACCGAGAGUAGCCAUGUGAGCUUCGUGUAUGAAGAGAGCGAGUGCUCCCUGGUGGUGCUCAGCACAGGGACCCAGGAUGGAGGCGUCUAUACCUGCACUGCACGGAACCUGGCUGGCGAAGUCUCCUGCAAAGCAGAGUUGGCUGUGCGUUCAGCCCAGACAGCCAUGGAAGUAGAGGGGGCCGGGGAGGCCGAGGAACAGCGAGGAAGGAGACUCAGCGACUUCUAUGACAUCCAUCAAGAGAUCGGCAGGGGUGCCUUCUCCUACCUGCGGCGCGUAGUGGAGCGAAGCUCCGGCCUGGAGUUUGCAGCCAAGUUCAUCCCCAGCCAGGCCAAGCCAAAGGCGUCAGCGUGGCGGGAAGCCCGGCUGCUGGCCCGGCUCCAGCACGACUGCGUCCUCUACUUCCAUGAGGCCUUUGAGAGGCGUCGGGGACUGGUCAUUGUCACCGAGCUAUGCACAGAGGAGCUGCUGGAGCGAAUGGCCAGGAAACCCACCGUGUGUGAGUCUGAGAUCCGGGCCUACAUGCAACAAGUGCUCGAGGGAAUAUGCUACCUGCACCAGAACCAUGUGCUGCACUUGGAUGUCAAGCCUGAGAACCUGAUGGUGUGGGAUGGCGCAGAGGGUGAGGAGCAGGUGAGGAUCUGUGACUUUGGGAAUGCCCAGGAGCUGACUCCGGGAGAGCCCCAGUACUGCCAAUAUGGCACACCUGAGUUCGUGGCACCUGAGAUUGUCAAUCAGACCCCCGUGUCUGGAGUCACUGACAUCUGGCCUGUGGGCGUUGUUGCCUUCCUCUGUCUGACAGGAAUCUCCCCAUUUGUUGGGGAAAACGAUCGGACGACAUUGAUGAACAUUCGAAACUACAACGUGGCCUUCGAGGAGACCACAUUUCUGAGCCUGAGCAGGGAGGCCCGGGGCUUCCUCAUCAAAGUGCUGGUGCAGGACCGGCUGAGGCCUACCGCAGAGGAGACCCUAGAACAUCCUUGGUUCAAAACACAGGCCAAGGGCGCAGAGGUGAGCACGGAUCACUUAAAGCUGUUCCUCUCCAGGCGGAGGUGGCAGCGCUCCCAGAUCAGCUACAAGUGCCACCUGGUGCUGCGCCCCAUCCCUGAGCUGCUGCGGGCACCCCCAGAGCGGGUGUGGGUAGCCAUACCCAGAAGACCACCCCCCAGUGGGGGGCUCUCGUCUUCCUCUGACUCUGAGGAGGAAGAGCUGGAGGAGCUGCCCUCAGUGCCCCGGCCACUGCAGCCUGAGUUCUCCGGUUCCCGGGUGUCCCUCACCGACAUUCCCACUGAGGAUGAGGCCCUGGGCGCCCCAGAGGCUGGCACGGCCACCCCCAUGGACUGGCAGGAGGAGGGAAGGGCCCCCUCUCAGGACCAGGAGGCCCCCAGCCCUCAGGCCCUCCCCUCCCCAGGCCAGGAGCCCCAAGCUGGGUCCAGCCCCCAGCGGAGAGAGCUCCGGAGGGGCACCUCUGCCGAGAGUGCCCUGCCCCGGGCCGGGCCGAGGGAGCCGGGCCGGGGCCUGCACAAGGCAGCCUCUGUGGAGCUGCCACAGCGCCGAAGCCCCAGCCCGGGCGCCACCCGCCUGACCCGGGGAGGCCUGGGUGAGGGUGAGUAUGCCCAGAGGCUGCAGGCCCUGCGCCAGCGGCUGUUGCGGGGAGGCCCUGAGGAUGGCAAGGUCAGUGGCCUCAGGGGCCCCCUGCUAGAGAGCCUGGGGGACCGUGCCCGGGAUCCCCGGCUGGCACGGGCUGCCUCCAGCGAGGCAGCCCCUCGACACCAGCCCCCACCUGAGACCCGGGGCCUGCAGAAGAGUAGCAGCUUCUCACAGGGAGAGGCAGAGCCCCGGGGCAGGCACCGCCGUGCUGGGGCGCCCCUCGAGAUCCCCGUGGCCAGGCUUGGGGCCCGCAGACUACAGGAGUCUCCCUCCUUGUCUGCCCUCAGUGAGGCCCAACCACCCAGCCCUGCGAGGUCCAGCGCCCCCAAAUCCAGUGUCCCCAAGUCUUUGAAACCUCCUACCACCACACCCAGUGAUGCCCCGCAGCCCUUGGCACCCCAGCCUGCCCAAGAGAAGGCCCCAGAGUCCAUGCCGGAGCCGGUCCCAGCCCCCAAGCCCACACAGCCCUCUGUGACUCCGCAAACCCCAGUGGCCCCCCUCACACCUUAUGCCCAGAUCAUGCAGUCGCUCCAGCUGUCAGGUCACACGACGGGCCCCCUGCAGAGCCCUGGGGCAUCUCCAUCAGAGCCCAGACCCCACCCUGCUGUGUUUGCCCGGGUGGCCUCCCCACCUCCGGGAGCCUCCGAGAAGCGCGUGCCUUCAGCCGGGGCGCCCCCAGUGCUAGCCGAGAAAGCCCGGGUGCCCACAGUGCCCCGCAGGCCAGGUAGCAGUCUCAGUAGCAGCAUUGAGAACCUAGAGUCAGAGGCUGUAUUCGAGGCCAAGUUCAAGCGCAGCCGUGAGUCGCCCCUGUCGCGGGGACUGCGAUUGCUGAGCCGCUCGCGCUCAGAGGAACGCGGCCCCUUUCGCGGGGCCCAGGAGGAGGACGGCAUGUACCGGCCCAGCCCGGCAGGAACGCCACUGGAGCUGGUGCGACGGCCGGAGCGUUCCCGCUCCGUGCAAGACCUCAGGGCGGUCGGGGAGCCGGGCCUCGUCCGCCGCCUCUCGCUGUCGCUGUCCCAGCGUCUGCGGCGGACCCCGCCCGCGCAGCGCCACCCAGCCUGGGAGGCCCGCGGUGGGGACGGGGAGAGCUCGGAGGGCGGCAGCUCGGCGCGGGGCUCCCCGGUGCUGGCCGUGCGCAGGAGGCUCAGCUCCACGCUCGAGCGGCUGUCCAGCCGGUUGCAGCGCAGCGGCAGCAGCGAGGACUCAGGGGGCGCAUCGGGUCGCAGCACGCCGCUGUUUGGACGGCUGCGCAGGGCCACGUCGGAGGGCGAGAGUCUGCGGCGCUUCGGCCUCGCACACAACCAGCUGGCGGCCCAGGCCGGCGCCAGCACGCCUUCCGCAGAGUCCCUGGGCUCCGAGGCCAGCGCUACGUCCGGCUCCUCGGCUCCUGGGGAAAGCCGGAGGCGGCUUCGCUGGGGCUUCUCUAGGCUGCGAAAGGACAAGGGGUUAUCACAGCCAAACCUCUCUGCCAGUGCCCAGGAGGAUUUGGGUCACCAGUAUGUGCGCAGUGAGUCAGAUUUCCCUCCGGUCUUCCACAUCAAACUCAAGGACCAGGUGCUGCUGGAGGGAGAGGCAGCCACCCUGCUCUGUCUGCCAGCGGCCUGCCCUGCACCCCACAUCUCCUGGAUGAAAGACAAACAGUCCCUGCGAUCAGAGCCCUCAGUGAUCAUCGUGUCCUGCAAAGAUGGACGGCAGCUGCUAAGCAUCCCCCGGGUGGGCAAGCGACAUGCUGGGCUCUAUGAGUGCUCGGCCACCAAUGUCCUGGGCAGCAUCACCAGCUCCUGUACCGUGGCUGUGGCCCGCAUCCCAGGAAAGUUAGCUCCUCCUGAGGUGCCCCAGACCUACCAGGACACGGCAUUGGUGCUCUGGAAGCCAGGAGAUAGCCGGGCACCUUGCACAUACACGCUGGAGCGGCGGGUGGAUGGGGAGUCUGCCUGGCACCCUGUGAGCUCAGGCAUCCCUGACUGUUACUACAACGUGACCCACCUGCCAAUCGGUGUGACCGUGAGAUUCCGUGUGGCCUGUGCCAACCGUGCUGGGCAAGGGCCUUUCAGCAACCCUUCCGAGAAGGUCAUCGUCAGGGGCACACAAGAUUCCUCAGUUCUGCCAUCUGCUGCUCACCAAGACGCCCCUGUUACCUCAGGGCCAGCCAGGGCCCCGCCUCCUCACUCUCCUACCUCACUGGCCCCAUCCCAGACUCCCACCCCAGCUUCUGCUCCCCCAGCCCCUCAGUCAGCCGCUCUCAGCCCCUCAUGUCCCCCAACACCCCCCAGUCAGGCCUUGUCCUCCCUCAAGGCCGUGGGUCCACCACCCCAAACCCCCCCACGAAAGCACAGAGGCCUGCAGGCUGCCCAGCAAGCAGAGCCCGCCCCACCCAGUGCCCAGGCCACCCCAAGUGAGCCCAAGUCUUCCAUCCCUGACACUGGGACCCCAACCCCAGCCUCCACCCCUCAAGGGGUUAAACCAGCGUCUUCCUCUACUCCCCUGUAUAUGGUAACCUCCUUUGUGUCUGCACCCCCAGCCCCUGAGCCCCCAGCCCCCGAGCCCCCUCCCGAGCCCACCAAGGUGACUGUGCGAAGCCUCAGCCCGGCCAAGGAGGUGGUCACCUCCCCUGUGGGUGGUCCCCCCAGCUCUCCUGGGCCAGAGGGCACCGCUCUUCGACAGGGGCCCCCUCAGAAACCCUACACCUUCCUAGAGGAGAAGGCCAGGGGCCGCUUUGGUGUAGUGCGUGCAUGCCGGGAGAACGCCACCGGGCGGACAUUCGUGGCCAAGAUCGUGCCCUACGCGGCUGAGGGCAAGCGGCGUGUCCUGCAGGAGUACGAAGUGCUGCGGACAUUGCACCACGAACGGCUCAUGUCCCUGCACGAGGCCUACAUCACCCCGCGUUACCUUGUGCUCAUCGCUGAGAGCUGCGGGAACCGGGAGCUCCUCUGUGGGCUCAGCGACAGGUUCCGGUAUUCAGAGGACGAUGUGGCCACCUAUGUGGUGCAGCUGCUACAAGGCCUGGACUACCUCCACGGCCGCCACGUGCUGCACCUAGACAUCAAGCCUGACAACCUGCUGCUGGCCCCUGACAACGCCCUCAAGAUUGUGGACUUCGGCAGUGCCCAGCCCUACAACCCCCAGGCCCUGCGGCCCCUUGGCCACCGCACAGGCACGCUGGAGUUCAUGGCUCCUGAGAUGGUGAAGGGAGAGCCCAUCGGUUCCGCCACGGACAUCUGGGGAGCGGGUGUGCUCACUUACAUCAUGCUCAGUGGACGCUCCCCGUUCUAUGAGCCAGACCCCCAGGAAACAGAGGCUCGGAUUGUGGGGGGCCGCUUUGAUGCCUUCCAGCUGUACCCUAACACCUCCCAAAGCGCCACACUCUUCUUGCGGAAGGUCCUCUCGGUACACCCUUGGAGCCGGCCCUCCCUGCAGGACUGCCUGGCCCACCCCUGGCUGCAGGAUGCCUACCUGAUGAAGCUGCGUCGCCAGACGCUCACCUUCACCACCAACCGGCUCAAGGAGUUUCUGGGCGAGCAGCGGCGCCGCCGGGCUGAGGCUGCCACCCGUCACAAGGUGCUGCUCCGCUCCUACCCAGGCAGCCCCUAGCAGCUCGGACCACAGCCUGGCCUCGGGCUUCAACUCGGGGCUCCACUGAGGCCACGGGACAUUCCAGGGCCCCUACUGAGCCGGGUGGGCCCAGGGCUUCGGACACCACCAGCAGCAACAUCCAGCCGGGCUGUUACCUCAUGGACCUGCAGGGACAGAGGCCCUGGGCUUUGCCGAUGCCACCCCGGCCAGAGCCAGAGGGGGAGACCCAUGGGCCAGGCUGGGUGGGGGUGGGGGCACGGGAGCAGGGAAGCAGGAAGAGGGGCAAGAAGGGAAUGGGUAAGAGACAAGGAAAAGAAGCCACGGGAUAGGGAGAGGAGACUCUAGGAAGGUUCUGGCGGGGAGAGACAAUGUAUCUGGGGGGAAACCAACUUAGCAGGGUAUGAAUAGCUGGAGAGGAGGAAGAGGAAGGAGCCCAGCGUGUCAGGGCCAUGGGCUGGAAGUGAGUGUUGGUGGAGCGGGGACAGGACGUGGAGACAGCGCUAGGGAGCCAGAGCCAGCACGUGAGGGAGGGCAGCAAAGUGGGGGAGGGAGAGGAGAGGACUCAGGUGGGGUGGGGUGAGGUGGGCCAGCUGCCAGCAUCCCAGAAGGAGAACCUGGAGCACUGGGGCCUGGAAG